GGGUGAAAACACGAUAAAACAAAUCGAUUUGAGUGGUUGUCCUAAAAUGUUCGGACUUGUUUGUAAUUUGUUUUUCCGUUCACUGUGGGCUCGAGGAGGGAAACAGUGCCACUUGGUGCAUCUUUCUAGUGUGGCUGUUAGCUGUUGGUGUCAUGCCCAUGUUCGUGCUCCCUUGCGUGAGUUUGCUGCUGUCACUGGCUGCCAGCUAUCCCAGUUCCAUGUCGUGCGACUUUGCGUGCAUGGCCAACUACGGUCCAGGUGCCAGCUUCGGCUACAUGGGCAUUGCCAACGUCGGUGCCAGCAGUGGUGCCACCUGUGCAAUUGCCACAGAUGUGCCGACCGAAGGUUUCACCGAAGGCAGCAGCUACACCAUCACGGUCACUUCAACAACGGCUUUGGCACAGAAGCUAACCUGUAGCAGUGGUGACAUUGGGGGAUCCACCGAAGUGAACACAGGCUCCAGGGUUACCAGCCAAACCUACACUUGGACGGCACCAAGUUGUGACAGCUCAAGCAGCGCAAGCUUUCGAGCCUUGUGUGGGGCAGGUGGGUCAAUU